GGCGCCCAAGUGAUUUUUCUUGUCCGCGGCAUUACCACAUCCAGGCCUCAUCAUCAGUGAUCUACAAGUUGAGGUUCCGUCAGCAAAAGGCCAACAUGUUUGCCUGCAGGUUGUGCCGCCAGCAGCAAUCUUGGGUGCGGCUCCUCAAGAACAGUCUGCUGAGAAAGAGUAAAGUUGGCAGUAGACUUGAAACCUUUCCUGAGCAUCGGUCUCGGAGCGUGACCACUUGGUCGCCAUUGGCGUCGGCAUUCAACACGAGACCAAAAAGGCGACUGGAAGCAAGUGGACGAAAUGUGGGUCUGUUUGGAAUGCAAGAGCUGACCAGCCCGGAGGGUUUUGCUGAGGCCCAGAGGGCGUCAGUCCAAGAGGCAGAAGAGCUCGUCCAAGAAGCCAUCCGUUCCCCCACCAGUGCAGACAUUGUAGUCCUAUUUGAUAAGCUGUCUGAUGCCCUGUGCAGAGUUGCUGACCUGGCUGAUUUUGUGCGAGUUGCCCAUCCAGACCGGAGGUUUGCAAAGGCUGCCGAAGAUGCUUGCAUCAAUAUCAGUGCAAUGGUAGAACAGCUGAACACAAACAUAGACUUGAAGGAGUCCCUUCAGCGUCUGCUGGAUGAUCCCGCCAUCUUCUCUGCAAUGGAUGAGGAGUCCCAGAUUGUUGCCAGGCUGUUCAUGUUUGACUUUGAGCAGAGCGGGAUACACUUAGAGAAAGCCAAGAGACAAGAGUUCGUAAGACUGAAUGAAGAGAUUCACAUCUUGGGAAGCCAGUUUGUGCAGGGCACGCAGACAGCCAACGCCAUUGAGAAGAAACGUCUGCCGCAGCACAUUCAGCACUCCUUUGCCGUUGAUGGGGACAACGUGACGGUCGGUUCCCUGUAUGCUGAUAACCCCAGCGACCUGGUCCGUGAGGCGGCCUACAAAAUUUUCCUCUUCCCAAACCCGAACCAAUCACAACUCCUGGAUCGCCUGCUGGACUCUCGUCACAAACUAGCCAAGCUGGUUGGCUUUUCCUCCUACGCCCAGCGAGCGCUGCGCGGCACUAUGGCCCAGACGCCGGAAAAUGUCAUGGAGUUUCUGACAAUGACGGGCGACAGAUUAUUUGACAGAGUGACAAAGGAAAUUGAGCUCAUGAAAGAAACAAAGAAAGAGUGCAACCCGCACAAUCCUAAUAUUUUUGCCUGGGAUCCAUCUUAUUACAUUGGAGCAGCAAGGAAUAAAAGAUACAACAUCACCAGCGCAGAGUAUGCCCCUUACUUCUCGGUUGGGGCUUGCAUGGAGGGGCUCAGUCUAAUCUUCAGCAACCUGUAUGGAGUGACACUGGAGAAUGUGGAAGCGGAAAGGGGAGAACUCUGGGCACCAGACGUCUUGAAACUGGCCGUGACCCAUGAAACCGAAGGGGUUCUGGGCUACAUCUACUGCGACCUGUUUGAGCGGUCUGGCAAACCCCAGCAGGACUGUCAUUUUACCAUACGGGGAGGCAGGAGACUAGACGACGGUUCCUACCAGCUCCCUCACGUGGUUCUGGUCUGCAGUUUCAGUCCACCGAGACCAGGAGCUCCUUCUAUACUGAGUCAUGGGAUGAUGGAGAAUCUUUUCCAUGAGUUUGGCCAUGCAAUGCACUCCAUGCUUGCCAGAACCCGCUACCAGCACGUGACAGGGACGCGGUGCGCCACUGAUUUUGCCGAAGUGCCUUCCAUAUUGAUGGAAUACUUUGCCAACGACUACAGGGUCUUGAAACAGUUUGCAAGGCAUCACAAAACAGAUCAGACCCUUCCUGAAGAGCUGAUAGCCCGCCUCUGUGCCUCCAAGAAGCAGUUUUCUGCCUUCGAGAUGCAGACCCAAGUCUUCUAUUCCAUCCUAGACCAAAUGUUCCACGGGGAAGAGCCGUUAAAAAAGCCCACCAUGGAGUUGUUGAGCGAGAUUCAGAACCAGUAUUCAUGCAUCAAGCACGUCCCGGGAACAGCCUGGCAUUUGCGUUUUGGUCACCUGGUAGGCUACGGUGCCAAGUACUACUCGUAUCUGCUGUCGCGCGCCGUAGCAUCCAGCGUCUGGCACCAGUGCUUCGAGGCCGAUCCCCUGAGUCGGGAUACCGGGGAGAGGUACCGCUGGGACAUGCUGGCCCAUGGCGGGGGCAGGGAACCGGCUACAUUAGUACAGAAUAUGCUGGGCAAGAAACUGUCUAAUGAGGAUUUAGUGCAAGCGCUGUUGGAGGAGACCAUGGAACAGUGACCAAAAUUCAGCAUCUCCUGUCUGAACUGCUCCCAAGAAGAUGGGAAAGAAACCACUGCUUCGAACCAUGACUCCCUAUUGAAGUUGCUGAAGAGAGCACCACAUUAACUUGGCCCCAGCCGGCUGUAAUCUUAACUUGCAAUCAACAGAUAAUUGUCUUUCAGCAACAGUAAUAUUUCGCCUUGAAUACCUCUCUUAAUCAGGAUGUACUUUAGUGUUCACAAGUUCUGUGCAGAAUUGUUGGCGAUUUUAGGUAACCAACAUAUUCAAGUUGAGAAUUUGUUAUAUUUUUUUGGUGAUUUUUGUCGUGCCGUUUCAAACCGUUAUGUAGCAUUCAUGUCUUUUCAGUAUUUGAGUAAUGUUUGGAAUGUAGUUUGGAAAUAAACGCAUACAUGAAGUAGUUUUAUUAUGAAUGUGUACACACAGUGAAGCAUUUCAAAUACGCAUACCUCAUUUAUUAUAAUCGUGGUUUUCCUGAAAUAGCUUACAUGUAACAUGAGCUUGUGAUAAAAUAAAUAUCUUUUGAAUUAUU